CCUGUAGGACUUGGUUAGCGGGUUCUGUAUGUUAAGAAAAGGGACAUAACAUCGAAUUGUUUAAUUCUCAUGGAAAUAAUUCCUCGUAAAACUAAACGACUCGAUUAAACAUGAUGAUGGAAUCUCAGCAUGAAUAUUUGGAAACUGUAGCGGGAUAUAUAUUCGACGAUGACAAACUGGUAACAUAUAAAUGGUUGAGCAAGGAACUGGAAGUUCACGUCAACAUCGCAAAGCAGAUUUUGUGGGAAUUUUGGCAGAAAUAUAAAGAGAAGAAACAGUUCGAAUGUGUGUUUCUGCUAAUGGGUCACUUGCAUGAUGAUGGUAUGCGAGUUGAGAUUGUAAAAGAAAAAGAUCUGUCAACAGCGAGAGAAAAAUACAGCAAAAUUAUCUCCAAGCAUGUUUAUAGUCUUCAAAAAGUACUUCCCGAAAUGCAGUUGCUUGGGUUAGCUGAAGACGGGGACGUUAAAUUCAGUGGUAUCAAAUGCAUUGAGAAUAACGAACGUAAUGAUGAGGAAAUGCACAUGUUCCGUUGGGGUGCUGUGUCAAAGGAGAUCGAAUCUGCUCCUUGCGAGAAAGUACAGUCAUCGGUAUUGGAGGCAGUCAAUGAAAGAAAAGCAACGAGCCCAGAAGAGAAGCAGGUUGCCAAAAAGAAAAAUGCCGACAGGAAAGGUUUCGACAAUUUAUUUGGAAAGGCUGGUAAUAAGCAGAAAAAUCCGUCCGCAUCGUCUAGCGCAGAUAAGAUGGAAGUGGACUCUUCCAAUCAUAAGAGAGAAACAUCUAAAAAUAUUAUUGCAGAGAAAAAGAAAAACACGCAAAAAGGGGGACUGAGCAGCUUUUUUGAACUGGGCAAGAAUCAAACAAAGACUACAGAUUCUUUGAAUAAAGACAAAAGUGCAAAUUCUUUGGACAAGGAUAAAUGUACAAAUUCCUCUGACAUGGAAAAGGGCGCAAACUCCUUGACGAAAGAAGCUACAGAAGAAAAAGUUUCGAAAACUAAUCACAAACAGAAACAGAAUAUGAAAGAUUCUGAAGAAAAGAUUUCGAAAACCGAUCAUAAACAGAAACAGAAUGUAAGAAGCAGAAAACGCAAUCGGAGUAAGGAAACCAAUAAUGCUGUGAAGAAGCGAAAACGUAUUACAAUUCAGAAUGAUUCUAGUAGUUCAGAGUCCUCUGACAAUGAAAAUGAACCAGAAUUGGAUUUACCACUCUCGCCUGAAAGUCCUCCUGCUUUUCUAAAGAACCGUUCUGUUUCUCCACCACAAGUUAAACAUGAAAAUGGGAAACGCAAAGUUCUAAAAAUAGUAGACAAAACAUUCGAGGAAGAUGGUUUUCUUGUUACAAAAAAAGUACAUGUUUACGAAAGUUGUUCUGAAGAAGAACCAGAAAUUAUAGAACCGAAAAAUGAAAAGAAAAUUGUAUCUGAAUCACAUUCAGAAGUCAAAGGAAAGAGAAAUACUAAACAGACUACUUUAAUGAAUUUCUUUAAGAAGUCGUAGCACAUUUUAUUACAUUGUAUUACCUGUUUUACAAUUUAAUUAUUUACCGAAAUGCAAUAAUGUUUUAUGAUUCUAUUAUAACAUACAAAAUACAAAUAAAAUUUUAUAUUUUGCAAAUAAUUGAUGUAAAAUUACUAAACAAAAAUAUGUUAAAUUUUCAUCUUCAAAUUAUAAUUAUCUUCCAAGUCUAGGUGAAAUAAAUGUACAUAUUAAAGUUAUCAGUUGUCAGAUAUGUUAUCACAGGCAUGAUAUCAGAAGCAUGCUACACCCUAAAUAUGAGUAAUACUAAAUAUUGAUUGCUUGAGUAUAAACUAUACAAUUAGUAAUUUAAUACAAUGAUUAUUUAUUUAAAUAUUAUUGGAUUGUAUUUUCUAUGGACAGUACAAAUUUCUACGUGUGAUAUAUGUUCAACAUGUUCAUGCACAAUUUUAAUACAUGAAGAACAAGAAAUUAACUGUCAUGGAAAACAUUUGGCAAAUAAUGAUAUGCUUAACUUUGAUUUACUAACAUUAAAUAAUCAUCAAAUUUUAAACAAACUUGUUUUAUCUAAAAACAACAUAGUUAAUUUACCUAGGAAUUUAUUGAAAAAGUUACAAUUUUUAAGAAAUUUAGAUUUAUCUGAAAAUAUUAUAGAAAAAAUAUAUACAACAAUGUUCAUAGACUUGAAUAGUCUGGAAAAUCUAAAUCUUUCCAAAAAUUCACUAAAAACUUUUGAUGAUUCAUUGUUGGAAGUACUACCUGCAUUGUUGUCAUUAAAUCUCAGUUACAAUCAUAUAGAUUCAAUAGAUCAUCUAAUGAAUAACACUAUAACAAAGAUUAAUACACUUGAUCUUUCUCAUAACAAUAUAUCUAGUUUACCUAAAGGAUUCUCUGCAUCAUUGCUAAAUUUACAAUAUUUAGAUUUGUCAUUUAAUAAAAUCCAUUCUUUGGAGGAUUGUAAUCUAAUGCAUUUACAUUCUUUGAAAGCAAUUUAUAUAAAUAAUAAUUUCAUUAUUACACUAGAUAUGCAAGCAUUACCAAAGACAUUGAUCGAGUUACACUCUGGAUAUAAUCAAAUUUCAGAAAUAUUAUACAAUUCAGUUCACAUUGAAAUAUUAAAUCUACAGCACAACAAUAUUUCUGCAUUACAUGCAAACUUAAUAACAAAUAAUUUACAAUCUCUAAAUAUUAGUGGAAAUCUGUUAUCAGACUUCUCAAAUGUUAUAUCUGAAAAUUUGAAAGUGUUAGAUAUAUCUAACAAUAAAUUGACUUAUGUCCCAGAAAUAAUAUCUAUUAAAAAUUUUCCAUUAUUGUUUCAACUUGAUGUCAGUGAAAACCCUAUUAAAAACUUGACAAUUAACUCUGACUUAAAACUAAAUUUAUUUGUUGCAAAUAAAAUGAAUAUGUUAAAGAAUAUUGAAAAAGAUACAUUAUCAAAUUUAAGAUCACCAUCGAAUGAUUGUAUUAAUCUUACUAUAUCCAAUAAUAAAAUGUUGACUUUCAUUCAUGAAGAUGCUUUGAGACACAUGAAUUUAUGUUCAUUAGAUUUGAGUAAUAAUCAACUUUCCUAUGUGGCACAAAAACUGAUCAUGCAGAGCAGUAAUUUUACAAUAUACAAUGUCAAUUUACAAGGAAAUCCACUUAAAUGUAAUUGUGCAUUACAAUGGAUGUUAAACGAUUUGGUUCCACAACUUUAUACCACCCAGCCUCGUCUUUUAGAUGAUUUGAGAUGUGCUUGGCCUCCACAAAUAUCGAAUAUAAGAAUAGUACAUUGGUACGGAUGGAAAGAUCAAGUAUUUUGUGCUAAUAUGUCAAUUUUGAAAGAAAAUUUGACAAUGAAUGUUGCCAGUGUAAUGACUACUGAAGUAAUACAUUUUGACUCGAGUACUGGUCUGCUAAUUGUUGUAGGAAUAGCUAUAACUGUAUUAAUACUUUUAAUAGUAGGAGGCAUUGUAUGGACACAAAGAGUAGCCAUAAAAAGAAGAAGAAUUAAUAGGAAAUUUUAAAAUUUUAUAUAAAUUUAUUUUACUUAUUUACUUUUUACAAAUUUUUUUUAAAUCCAAAAAGUUUUUUAAAUGUUCAAUAAAUUGAUAUUUUAAGAAUACAUUUUUCAAUUAUCAAAGUGAUUUAUAUAAUAACAUAUAACUUAUACUAUUUCUUAAAUUGAUUAAAAUUAAGUAAUAAAUCGAACUGAUUCAUAAAUAAUAAAUUUCCUGAAUUAAUUUAUAAUUUACUGUACAUUUGUUUAAAUAUUAAAUAUCACGUGAAACUGAUAGAAUUGUUAACAUGCAAUUAAACAUCAAUACUGAUACAAAAAAUUAAUUUAAUUAAUAAAGUUUGUUAAAAAACCAUGUAAUACGAUUAUCACAUGCAUGGUUUUCUUUUUCAUCAAAUUUAGAUGUUAUUAAAAAAAAAUAAGAACAAAUUAAAUAUUAUUUUUAACAUACAAAAUGCAUAUAAAUUUAUGUAUAAGAAUACAUAUAUAGCAAUAUAUUUAU